AUAUAAAUUCCAGAGAGAGACUUUAGUUUUUGAAAACAGAAAGAAAAAGGAGAGUGAGUGAGUUUCGAGAGACUUCGAUUACGAUUCGAAUUUUGGAUUUUGAUUCUGAUUUGGGGUUUUUGAAUCGGUAAAGGCGAGUUUUUUCCGAUUGUUGCGAUGGGAGAAGGUGAACACCAGGAGGAUCAUCAUCAUCACGAGGAAUCGUUGAUGGAGAAGAUAGCUGAUAAGAUCCACGGUCACGAUUCGUCGUCUUCCUCCGAUUCGGAUAACGAGAAGAGCAAUGAUUCUUCAUCGUCUUUGAAAUCUAAGGUUUUCAGGCUAUUUGGGAGAGAAAGGCCUGUUUACCAUGUCUUCGGCGGUGGAAAACCGGCUGAUGUUUUCUUGUGGAGGAACAAAAAGGUAUCAGCAGGAGUGCUUGGAGUGGCCACAGCCAUAUGGGUUUUGUUUGAAUUGAUCGAAUAUCACCUACUCACUCUUGUUUGUCAUGUGUUGAUACUUGCUUUGGCCUUGUUGUUCUUGUGGUCAAACGCCUCCACCUUCAUUCACAAGACUUCACCCCACAUUCCAAAGCUCAGCAUUCCAGAGGAGCCAGUUCUUCAGGUUGUCAAUGCUCUUAGAAUCGAAAUCAAUGGAGGUCUUGCUGUUCUUCACAGUAUCGCAUCAGGGCGUGACCCGAAGAAGUUUCUUUCAGUGAUUGCUGGCUUGUGGGUUCUAUCUAUGUUGGGAAAUUGUUGCAACUUCUUGACCUUGUUUUACAUAGCUUUUGUCUUGCUUCACACUGUUCCCGUACUCUAUGAGAAAUAUGAUGACAAAGUUGAUUCAUUUGCUGAGAAGGCAUGUUUCGAGAUCAAGAAGCAGUAUGCAGUGUUUGAUGCAAAGGUGUUGAGUAAGGUAUUGAGUAAGAUUCCUAGGGGGCCAUUGAAGAGAGAUUGAAGUGGAGCUUGAGAGGGUGAGUGGACUGGACUGGACUCUUUUCUGACAUAUAAUAUUUACUGGGUAGCUACAAUAUAAUCUAUAUAUAUAUUUUCCUAGUGCUGUGAAGAAUUGUGUCCAUGCUUGGCUAGAAUCCUCUUUCUCUUUCUCCCCAUCUUUUCUAUUUUUAUUUUUUUUACCAUUUAGAGUCCUUGGGUUCUCAAUGUGAAUGGAUUUUCUAUGGUUUAUUUUUUGUUAUUAUUACUAUUUUCUAUAUACUUGUUUAAGAUGGUAUUUGCUGCAACUUGGUAUAAAUGGAUGAUAAUCAUAGAAAUAACCUUUUUGGACCAA